CGAGCUCUGCGGACCAAUGGGCACUCUCGAUAAUAUUCAUGAGCUGCCGCGGGCCAAUGAGCGGCCAGGCGCGGCUGGAGGGGCCGAGAAGGCUGGGCAUGGAGGAGUCCAAGAGGAACCUGCUCACCGUUGAAGCGAAGGCACCUCUGCCCGGCCCUGCGCUCCCGCGGCUGCCCCAGGCCGCUCUCGCCGGGCUCGGAGCACAGGAAGAGGCAGAAUAAGGGGAAGCUGCCGCCGGGGCUUGUCACCUGCUGGCCCAGGGACGGCGGGCUGCCUCCAUGGGGCGGGCUGGCUGGGGCUUGCCUCGCCUGUGCGUGCGGUGGGCAGCGCUGCUGCUAGCGCUCUGGCCCUGCUGCGCCCACGGGAACUGGAUGUGGCUGGGCAUCGCCUCCUUCGGGGUCCCGGAGAAGCUGGGCUGCGCCGGGCUGCCGCUGAGCGGCCGCCAGAAGGAGCUGUGCAAGAGGAAGCCCCACCUGCUGCCCAGCAUCCGCGAGGGCGCGCGGCUGGGCAUCCAGGAGUGCCGGAGCCAGUUCAGGCACGAGCGCUGGGACUGCCUCCUCCUGCCCCCCGGCUCCGCCGCCGCCGCCUUCUCCGUCUUCGGCGCCGAGCUGAGCAGCGGCACCAAGGAAACAGCCUUUAUAUAUGCAGUGACGGCGGCAGGCCUUGUACAUUCAGUGACUCGAGCGUGCAGUGCAGGAAAUAUGACUGAGUGCUCCUGUGAUACAAACCUGCAAAACGGUGGCUCAGCCACUGAAGGCUGGCACUGGGGUGGCUGCUCUGAUGACAUCCAUUAUGGAAUGUGGUUUAGCAGAAAGUUCUUAGAUGCGCCUAUUAAGAACAUAACUGGAAAAGACGGGAAUGGAUUGAUCUCAAUGAACCUGCAUAAUAACGAGGCUGGAAGGCAGGCUGUAGCAAAUCUGUUGUCAGUGGAUUGCCGUUGUCAUGGAGUUUCUGGGUCCUGUGCUGUGAAAACUUGUUGGAAAACUAUGUCUUCAUUUGAAAAGAUUGGCCAGUAUUUAAAGGAUAAAUAUGAAAACAGUAUACAGGUAUCGGACAGACUGAAGAAAAAGCUACGCAGGAAAGAAAAAGCCCAACGGAAUAUACCAAUCCGCAAGGAAGAUCUUCUCUACAUAAACAAGUCACCCAACUACUGUGUAGAGGAUCGCAAACUGGGGAUUCCUGGAACACAAGGAAGGGAAUGCAACCGCACUUCGGAGGGACCAGAUGGCUGCAACCUCCUCUGCUGUGGCCGUGGUUACAACACUCACGUAGUCAGACACGUGGAGAGGUGCGAAUGCAAGUUUGUCUGGUGCUGUUAUGUACGCUGCAGAAGAUGUGAGAGCAUGACUGAUGUUCAUACCUGCAAAUGA